ACCAGAUCCCUCUUCCCUGCCUCGAAUUGGCUUUGUGCAACCGUUGCAAUCACUGACCCAGCUGCUCAGCACUGUUUGGAGGCAACACCGCACUUUCGAAAGGUAAGGCUACCAUGGGAGGCAAUCGGGCGCGCCUGCGCCUGGCCGACCGCAAAAAGGCACUGGACUUACCCUGGUCCUGAGUCGUGUUCCGUUCCGUUUGCUCUCGUCUGAUCAAUUCUAUCCGUGUCUCCUGUCCUGAUACCUUGCUUCCGAAUGUAUUGCGCCGUUGCAGUCGACGCGAGCGCGGAUCUGCGCCAUGAGUUGACUACCUAGCCGACUACAGGUUCUGCUCAGAUCCCUCGCCCGGGAGGAAUCAGGCCGAGAUGGAUAUCUCCUCCCUGGUUCGAGCUGUUAUCGCAGCGUUCGAUGAUGCCACGAAACUGGUCCAGCGAAUCCGUGACCAAAGAACGAAUAGCGACGGCAUGCAAUUGCCGGAAGAAGCGACUCGAGACCUUCUGGAAUCUCUUGCCCUUGGGCCCAUCAUUGUCCGUGGCCACUAUGAGCACGACCUCAAACGGUUCGGAGAGCCUUACGCCUGUGGUGAUAUACAAGCGCGGGAGCAACUGAAAGAUGUCUUGAUCACCUUACAAAUGUCUCUGAUCAUCACCUUAAGGACAGUGUAUAUGGACGGGAUUGAACUUGAUUUUCUUGCGCUCCAAGCAGCGUCGGAUGAUUGUCGAGUGAAUGCUGGUGUCUGCCUGGGCCAAUUGUCUCAGCGACUUUCGGACGCGAUGAGAGCACAGGCAUUCUACCCCCAAACCUUGUCUUACUCGUCAGCCCCUGGACUGCUGCCUCCUCUCUCACCGUCCCUGGGCUAUUCAAGCAGCCGCAGCACUCACUCAUCAGCCGCCUUUCCUGCUCCUCGCACACCCGACCCGGUGGCGGAGCAGUUUGGUCAGCUUUGCAUUUCGCCAUCUUUCCGUCAACCAUUUGAAGAACGAAAAACGUCGAUUAGUUCCGGGGGCUCUCAGGAGCAAUAUCUACAUCCUCAGUCCACCACGGCCCAUAGGCCAGCCGCCGGGUUUCAUGUGAACAUACCCUCUGUGGGAGUUCACAGGAUUGACGAAGCCGAUGACCGAAGUUUGCGACGAAGGUCAUCGCAGGCUCUGGCAUCCGAUGACAACAUCUUGCUGAUGUUUCCUCAGCCCGGUGGCCAGCCUGUUGUGCCACCCCCCGCAAGUACACAAGAUAUCCAUCGAGAAUCCUAUAUCUCCACGGGUAAGAACAGCCACACGCCUUCGUCUCCCGAUCUCUCCCGAGCGUCUAGCGGCCAUCAAAGUCAGGGUUCAAGAGAUCGAUUUGGGCCUGAUGACUACGGGGACCAUAUUAACCGGGAGGAUGGCAGGCAAUUCAGCAAUGGUACCAUCUACGACAUGUAUCAGCCAACGAGCCCGGAGAGACAGGCUUCUACCUCUUACUCCUCGAGAGCACAAGCCUCUAACCACAGCAGCUUUGAGUAUGUGCGAUACCUUCAAGAAAAUAGCAGACCACCAAGACGAGAACCGAGAUCUGAUUCACUUGGCGUUGCAACGAGAGUGGACCGAGAAAUUCCUCGACGACCAGUUCGAUCCCAAGCUGACACUACAACGCUAUCGCGAGAAUUUCACUCUCGUCCGUCUGUGUCUGCACCCAUUCCAAUCGAGCCAGCUCGUACACCACCACCAAGUGGUCCUCUCCCACCACCACCAGUUCAAUCUCAUCCUCAAUCUGUGGCUCCUAAACACCCGUUACCGCCUCCCGGCCGUGCGCCUUCAGUACGUACCAUGGCAUCGUCUACCGCGCCCUCGGUCACCCCCCUGAUAAAUACCGGGCCAGUCGUCCUCCCUACAGAUAAAAACCUUCUGGGAUUCUGCAAGGGAGCAUUUCGUCUUCAAGCCGGCAUGGAGCGCAAAGCAUUCACCAUUGCCAACCGCCCACACGGUUUGUCUGGGAUGACUGCAUACUGGCGCUGUGAGAAGUGCAACUUCGAGGGACCUGUCCACAACACGGUCAACACUUCUGAUGACAAAAAGAAAAAGGGAAAGCCCGAGAGAGUCUUUGAUCCUAGGAUCCGUAUUUCGGAAGGUGGCGGUAUAAGGUAUCGUUGGGCUUUCCUCGCGAGGUGUCAUGUUUCAUUGAAAGGAAUGGCACCCAUCGAUACACCCUCUGGUAGGGACGGGAGUUUCGGAAGUUUUGGAUGCAUCUUUUGUUGCGCGGAAGGGAAAAGUCGGGGGUGGAUUGACUUAUCAAGGACGGCGAGUAAUGUUGCUGGGUCGAUUGCCGGGUCAAAUGGGAGCAUCAAGUCGGGGCAUGGAAGCAUUAAUCCGACCAAGGUUAAUGGUGCCGCACAGGUAACGACACCUAUCUUUGGCAACGUAAGCAGUUUCAUGCAACACCUCGAGAGCGUCCAUCGACAACAGGAUGGUUGGCCGAAUGCCGAGAUGGUCGGUCGAUUCCGCGUCGUGGUGGGCAGAAUGGCACCGGUGGAAGAGCCUGGUUGGGAGGUGAAUUUUGUACCAUUUUGAUCAGGAAGAUUCAGUCGAAGCAAUCUAUUUUGUAUCCGGCCAGGCGGACAUGCAUGUUAGGGCAGCAUGGGGGUAACCGUCCAUUACUGACCGUUCUUGACUCUGAUGCUAAGUAUCGCGGGCACGUAGUUGGGACUGGGGAGGCACGAGGGUCUGUUAUCCGUGUACCAGGAUCGUCCCAUUCCAGGGGGCUUCAGGGCAUUUGGAAGACUGGCCUGUAUACUAUCCAAGAUAUAUUGUUU